CAGCAGCCACCAGUCAAGAUGUCCACAGUUAGGCUUUCCUGAGACAGAGUGCGGGGAGUGAAAGGGGAGAGGAGGGAAAGAGGGAGCGAGAUGGGAUCCAAUACCGCACACCGACACCUCUUUGAGUAGGGAAAGAAGGAAGCAGUCGGUGGAGGAAGGAAUUAACCAGCGAGAGCCAGAAAGGAGACAAAUAUGAAUCAUGAAUCUCCCCGGGUACUGCUGUUUUUUGUCUCUGAUCCUGUGCUCCAGCCUCCAGCCUUUUGGUGCAACGGUUAUGCAGUUGAGCGGUGCUGACGGAGAGCCAUUGGCAGCAGAUGCUGGUGCAGCAUUAACCCACAGCAGCAACACGACUCAGCGGGAGAUAACGUGGCCUUUACGCUUGAUCUAUUACGUUCACGACGACAAUGAGAGCACUUAUCACAUCCUGGACACCAAAGCCAGGAACCAGCAGAAGCACCAUCAGGCUGUACACCUUACUCAUGCAAGCUUCCAGAUCGAUGCCUUUGGGUCCACAUUUAUCCUAGAUGUUACACUGAACAAUAACCUGCUGUCCUCCAAGUAUAAAGAAAUACAUUAUGAGAAACAAAAGACAUUCUUCUCCAAGGGCGGAGAACACUGUUACUAUCAUGGGCAGAUACGAGGCAUCGCCAAGUCCAAAGUUGCACUGUCCACUUGCGAUGGGCUUCAUGGCAUGUUUGAUGAUGGUAACUACAUGUAUAUCAUUGCACCAUUGGCACAGACACAUACAGAGGAGAAUUCGGCACGGCCCCACUUAGUGCACCGGAUCCCGGUUGGACUGGCGGACAAACCUCUCCAUUUUGGGAAUCGAAGCACGGCUGACACUCCAUGGUCUUUCCUGGUGGACUUACCUUGGCUCCGUACCCGCAGGAGAAGGAGAGCAGUUCACCGCCGCAGUGUCUUCUAUGAAAUGAAGUACCUGGAGCUGAUGAUUGUGAAUGACCACAAGAUGUACAAGAAGCACCGAUCUUCCCGGCCUCACACCAACAACUUUGCCAAGUCCGUGGUUAACCUGCUAGACUUUAUAUUCAAGGAGCAGCUGAACACCAGGGUUGUCCUGGUCGCCGUGGAAACGUGGUCGGACAAGGACAAGAUCGACGUGGGCCAGGACCAGAUGCAGGCCCUGCGCAGUUUCUCCAAGUACCGGCAACAGUUCGUGAGGGAGCAGGCCGACUCCGUCCAACUGCUCUCGGGCACCACGUUUAAAAGCAGCAUGAGCAGCAUGGCUUUCUUUGGAGGUGUUUGCUCACUGAUGCGAGGAGUUGGGGUGAAUGAGUAUGGUCAAGUGUGGUCGAUGACUGUUGUGCUGGGGCAGAGCCUUGCACAGAACCUGGGCAUACAGUGGGAGUCUGAGUCAAAGAGGAAAAAGGAAUGCGAGUGUCCGGGCUCGUGGGCGGGAUGCAUCAUGGAAGACACAGGGUUCUACCAUCCCCGCAAGUUUUCCAAGUGCAGUAUUAUGGAAUACAAGGAGUUUCUACAAAGAGGCGGAGGAGCUUGUCUCUUCAACAGACCGACAAAGCUGUUUGAGACCACAGAGUGUGGAAAUGGAUAUGUGGAAUCUGGGGAAGAAUGCGACUGUGGAUUGCGAAUGGAAUGCUUUGGGAGCUGUUGUAAGAAGUGUUCCCUUGCCAAUGGUGCCCAUUGCAGCGAUGGACCUUGCUGCAAUCACACUUGCCAGUUCAUAAAGCGAGGGUACGAUUGUCGAGAUGCAGUGAAUGAUUGUGAUAUAGCAGAGUACUGCACGGGAGACUCGGGCCAGUGCCCACCCAACCUUCACAAGCAGGAUGGAUAUUCCUGUGACCUUAACCAGGGCCGAUGCUUCAGUGGAGAAUGCAAAACAAAGGACAACCAGUGCAAACUGAUCUGGGGCUCAAAGGCCAGGGGAUCAGACAAGUACUGCUACGAGAAGCUCAACACUGAAGGGACUGAGAAAGGGAACUGUGGAAAGGAUGGCGAUAAAUGGCUGCAGUGCAGUAAACAUGAUGUUUUCUGCGGCUACCUUCUCUGCACUGGCAUUAGCCGGGUCCCGCGAAUUGGCCGCCUCCUCGGUGAGAUCACGCCCACGUCCUUCUACCACCAGGGAAAGCUGGUAGACUGUAGUGGUAGCCACAUCAUCAUGGACGACGGGACAGACCUGGGAUACGUUGAAGAUGGAACUUACUGUGGACCGUCCAUGAUGUGCAUGGAUCGUAGAUGCCAGCCCAUUAAUUCCUUCAAUAUCAGUAACUGUCCGAGCGGAUCUGCGACAAAGAUAUGCUCCGGCCAUGGGCUAUGCAGUAAUGAAGCAACCUGCAUCUGUGAGGGCACCUGGGCAGGAACGGACUGCAGCAUGUAUGACCCCAAACGCGACGAGGCAAAGCCACCCCCUGAAGGCCCCAAGGAUAUUCCUCUGGAAACAUGUGGAAUAAUGGUUCACCACCAGUACAUUUCUGAAGAGGAAAAAUGUACAAGGACAUGGAGAAACAGCAGGGGAGUGGGACUAAGUGGAAAGGUCUUUCAAAGAGCUGGCAUAGGCAUGAAGGGCUGAAUGGCCUCCUUCUGUGCUUCUAUGAUUCUAGCCGAUGAUUGAGCCAAGUACAGAUGAGCAAGGGGUUAGCACUAUGAUUGAAUGCAAGAGAUAUAAAAUGGCACUAGGCAUCUGUCAGUGCUGCUGGAUAAUAAGGUUGGUGGGUCGACGUGCAAAAGCCACUGACAGAGAGCACUUAAACUUAUAACCUGUAUCUAUAAUGUGCUGAGAUGUCUAUAUCAGCCACUUGCGCAGGACAACAGGGCAGAUUCAGAGGAAAGUGGAAUAUUCGCCUCACCUUCACAUCAGAGCAUCUGGCUGUUAAAAGAGAGCGGUGACCUGGCUGGAGCCAACCACAUUUCCUGGCAACCCACACUAAGUCUUGGUUUGCUACACCAAGGUUGCGUAGAUCGCAAAUAGAGGAGAUGCCACUCCCAAGCAAAGAGGAGUCAGACCCACAUGUUGGGCUAUCUCAUAACAUGAGCUGGACCAGAGAGAGAGAGACAGGGGCAUGUUGCCGUGCCUUCCCUCUCAAUUCAAGAAAGAGAGUGAGCCCACUGAGGAGGGUGGGAGUGGGGAGAAGGGGGCAGGCCAGUAACCGGUACCACCCAGCUUCGCUUUGGGUGCACCACAAACCUAUAAAUGAGUGAGCUGAUCUUGUCCAUUGAUGCUAAUAAGUUUUGUUUGCUGGCUGUGCCUUGCACCUGGCACAGCAGGAGUGCCAGGGGCCGAAUUCUGGGUGCCACAACCAGUGAAGGACUGCUGGGGCAUCUGCUCACUGAUGGGUAAUUCUCCAGCAUCGGGGUGGGGUAGGUGCAGGGCAUGGGGAACACAAUGGGUGAGUGGCCAGGAUAUAUAAAUAUAGAUAUAUAUAUUUUUUUAAUUAAGUGUACGCACGUUUCCAGAGCCCUUCACCAGGGCCAUUUGGCACAUUAUAUUGGCCAUGAGUUAUCACAACACUGACCCCAGUCAUGAACAGAGGCACAAUAUUGGCCAUCUUAUGUGGUAGUACGCAAUUAAUCAGCACAGACGUAUUACAAAAAAUAACAAAGGUUCAGUGAUGGAUUAUAUUGGAUAGCAGGAAAAAAUUAUUAGGCUGUAAUUUAAUCAGUGGCACUCACUGAGCUAAUGAAGGUUUUUCUAGGUCAACUGAUCUUUGCUGAGAUUAAAUACAGACUUGAACUUUUUAUCUGCAAUUUUAAUAAAAGGAGCAAUAGACAGUUUUUUCAGUUAAGCUGUUGCGCAUAGUUUUUGUUGUGAAUUUUUGUGCUCUUGAGGAUACUGGGUAGAGGGUGAGCGGGGCUGGGGUUUGAUUAUUUCAUAGAAUCAUGGAAUGAUACACCACAAGAGAGGCCAUUUGGCCUAUCAUACCUGUGCUGGCUCUUUAAAUGAGCUAUCCAAUCCCACUCCCCCUACUUCUACCCCAGAGCCCCACAAAUUUCUCCCUCGCAUUCCAGAUCAGAACAACUCGUCAUGUUUAAAAAAAACUCCUCAUCUCGUCCGUUCUUUUUUGCCAGUUAUCUUAAAUCCAUGUCCUCUUCUGGCUGUUUCUGGAAACAGUUUCCACUUAUUUAGAGUCACAGAGGUCAACAGCACAGAAAAAGGCCCUUCGGCCCAUCGAGUCUGCGCCGGUCCAAUGAGUACCUAAGUCUUUUAAUCCCAAUUAUUUAAUCUAUCAAAACCCUCCAUGAGUUUGAGCAUCACUAAAUCUCUCCUUAACUUUCUCUGCUCAGAGAAGAACAAUCUCAAUUUCAAGUUCAGCAUUGGGUAGAGAACGGUUUGAUAUCGAGCAAAGCUGUCGCGCAAGUAUAGAGAAGACUGGGGAAGCAUAGGCAAGCAUGGUGCUGUGAAUAAAAAGAUAUUAAACAAGCUCCUUAUUGAUGUGAGCAAUGUUUCUCUGCUCAAAGUACAGAGCGUGACAUUCUCAGAUCUCCUUUUUGGACUUUCUGAUCAAGGUUGCUAUCAGCACCAGUUUUCCAAAUAUCUUUGUCACCCAGUCCUUGCUGAACACUUGGCUGUCUGGCCACCGAAUAUAUUAGGACUCUUGUGAUUGGCUGCCCCAUUCAUGUUAGGUCUCUCAAGAUUGACUGCCCAAUUUAUGUUAGGCUCCUUGUGAUUUACCACCCAAAUUAUGUUACAAAUCUCAUAAUUGGUCACCGAAAUGAUGUUACGACCUUGUGAUUGGUCAAUCUAAAUUGUGUUAGGAUUCUCGUAAUUUGUCACAAAAAUUAUGUUAGGAACGUAGUGAUUGGUACCUAAAUUAUGUUAGGAUCCUUGUGAUUGGUCACCUAAAUUAUGUUAGUAUUCCUGUGAUUUGUCAGCUAGGUUUGUUAACCAGCUUGUGA